UGUCGGAGAGUCCGCUAGCAACAACACUGGAGACAGGGAAGGGGGUGGCAGGGAGAGGAGGAAUAUGCUAGCGAGGGAUAAACAGCACAGGAAGUAACUGGCAUACAUGGAGAGAGAUAAAAGGGACGGAGGAAACAGAGGGCUCUCCCGGAGGCACGUAUAUAAGCUAUGCGUACAGGGUGGCGCUGAAUCAGUGCCAUGCCAUGAGUUUGCCAUAUCAGUGCUGUGAGGAGAACGUAUUGGGCUGGCUGUUUUCUAUCUGAUCAGGUUUCUCCUUUCCAGUUUCCGCCCUCCCCUUUCCACUGCUACUGCCACCCUCCCCUCCUGGCCGAAUGAUGUCUCUCCCAGUGCUGCUUCCUGGCUCCUGCUGUCCCAUGGCCGGGCUUUCUUCUUCCAUGGGCAACGCUGCACCCUCUUCUUCUCCAGCCGGCGAUCCAUCUCUGCACCGUCCACGCAGGAUCCGUGGGGUGCUUCAGUCCCCUCGAUGUUCUGCCUCUCUUAGCCUGUGCCCCCCUCCGGCUCCUACCUCUAGCAGGCGCCGGGCUGGAUCCGGACUGACCGUGCCAGGCAGACCUCUGCUUUCCCUGGGCUUGUUGCAGCUCAUACUGGGAUGCUGCACUGUGGCUCUCAGUUUUGGGGCUCUGUCACUCAGCAAGACACCCCAGAUCAGGAGUUCGUGCCCCUUCUGGGCUGGGUCUUCGGUAAUCCUGUCUGGUAUUAUAGGACUAACCACAUGGAAGAAGCCCAUGGUUCUCCUAGUAAACCUGUUUGUCAUGUUGUCAGUGGUCUGUGUCUUGCUGAACCUGGCUGGUUUCAUCUUGGGUUGUCAAGGAGCUCAAUUUGUAUCCAGUGUUCCCAGUUGUCAGUUGGUAGACAUGGCAGAAGGCAAAAUCUGUGUGUGCUGUGAAGAAUCUCAGGCUAACAAGUGUCUGGAGAAAGAAAAUGUUUUGAAGCUGUUCAUGAUCCAUUCCUGCAAUGCAGUUCAUCUGUUACUCAAGAAAGUGUUCUUUGCCCUAUGUGCCCUAAAUGCUUUGACAACCACAGUGUGCCUGGUAGCAGCUGCCCUGCGAUAUCUGCAGCUCCUGACCACUAGAAGACCCUGCACAGAUGAGUCCCAAGUGUCUGUAGAAGAAGCAGAGGACCCAGAUCGGGAGCCUGACCCUGAAGAUUUUGUUCCACCUGCUCCUCCCCCUUCAUAUUUUUCAACGUUCUAUUCUUGCACUCCAAGAAUGAAUCAUAGGAUGACUGGUGAUGAGGUGAUUCCUUUUCCACACAUCUAUGGAUCCAGGUUCAAAGGGGUUGAAGUGUUUUGCCCUAUUGAGCCUCCUCCUCCAUACGAAUCAGUGGUUGGACAAAGUAAUUUGCUAGAGGAAACAACUCAAGAAGUCACAGACCUUGUAGCCAACACCAUACCAAAACUACCCAGCAUGCAGAUCAUUCAAGAAGCUGCCUGCUGUUCUAACGCAGAAAUCAUGCCUGAAUCUAGUCCCACUGCACAGGAAGAUAGAAGUGACCAAGCAAAAAUGUCACGUAAGAGAUCCCACAGUGAUCCAGUCAUCCAUGAGUCUCCUGAAAGAGGAGCAGUGCCAAGCUGUGAAGCUGCCACUCAGACUGAUACAAGGCCACCUUUGGGAACUGUAACUUUAAGACGUGUUUUAAGAGCGAAAGCUGCUCGAUCAAGACCGAGAUCUCUUGUGGAUUACAAAUCCUACAUGGACACUAAACUCCUGGUGACAAGGUUCCUAGAAGAGCCAUCAUGUCAUAUGUCAGCAGACAUUCGUGAACUGGUUGAAAACAUCAAAACUGUAUUGAAAUCAGAUGAAGAACACAUGGAUGAAGCCAUUUUAAGCGCCAACUUUCUUGAACAGGUGAUGGAUCCAACCCAGCAAGCCACAUCGACCACCCAAAGAUUUCCAAGAAGAAAGCACCCAGGUGUUCUCCAUUUGGACAGCUGUGGAGAUUUAAGCACUUUUGCACAAACUCAUAGAGAAGGGACUGUGAACAGUCAGAGGACUGGCAGAGAAAGACCUCAUAGUCUCAUUGGAGUUGUGCUUGAAACCAUACUGUAAAAGAGGUACAAGAGACAGAAAGCCACUGGAUAAACAAUGAGAUUUAUAAGAUCUUCUUAACAUAGGAUGACAACUGUUCUAUGAGCUUACAGAAUUAUGUGCUGCUUUUACAUAGCUCAAGAUCUUGGCAAGGUGUUUCCUGUUUAUUACCAAAGAUCAAUAUGCACAGAGAUCUUGUCUUUACAUUAGUAGAAUUAGUGGAACUAAUUUAUGUUUUUGCAGAAGAGUGAACUACAUACAUAACGGAGGAAAUUGACGUGUACUGUACUAUGUAUGAAAUCAUUGUAACUGCAUAUGAAAAAAUACUAGGAGAGCCUCAGGGGUUUGUAAUACUGUGAGUUAUGUUGCCCUCAAAGUACAAAGCUGCAGUGUUUUCCUGGUGGAACAGUUUUAUGGUAGAGAUAUGUUCUAAGUGAAUGUACUUUAAACACAUGGGGGGCAAUUGAAUUCCAGGCCAUGGAACUUCACAGCAAUGUUCAAUAGCGCGCAUGUUUGACUAUUACAGUAGGCUGAUCAGUGCUAGAUUUCCCACACAUCUCUAUGGGAUGCAAAGAAAAACUAGCGAUGUUGGAUGCUGCUGGUCGCACUAUGCUGUUCCCGGAAUGGCAUAUCACGGCUGUAGCCUGGAAUUGAAUCGCUGUCACGGAAUUCUAGUAAUUGUAAUAAACUGCAAAUAUUAUUUCCAUUCAUAUGUAUCUUCCCUAGAGAUGCUAUGGCUCACCUGAAAAAUUUAUAAUGGAAUGCAUAAAUAAAUUGUGUUAUGUGAUACCAUGCAAUGUACCAGUUGCCAUUUUGGUAUUCAGGUCGAGUAUAUAUAUAUAUUUGUGUGACCCAAUAUGUUAUGUUAUGCUCUUCAUGAUGAAUACAACAAAAUCUCCAUAAGAUGCUUCAAUUAAGCCAUACAAGCUAAAUUUUCCUGGUAAUUUGGCCACAAUAACACUGUUUUUUUUGCCACUGUUGCAAUAGAGACGGUGGGGGGG